AUGGCUUCGGAUCUUAACAACACCAUUGAUUCUUUAGAGAAUCAGCUGCAGGUUCUCACCACCGCAGCAUUGGAAGAUGAAUCUAGUCGCAAAAAGCUACUUGGUGUCGUCAUGAAAGCUGUAGCCGAGCUCGAAGCUCCUAUUGAGACUAUCUGGCGGAUCAUCAUGUCGCCGCAUGCCCCCGCCGCGUUGAUGGUUCUGAUCAGAAUGGGUAUUGUCACACACCUGGCCAAGACUGGUGUGCCGAAGUCAGCCAGCGAGCUAGCAGCCUCAUGUGGUGGCUCGGAGCUAGUCAUUGUUAGAAUGAUGCGACCAUUGGUUGCAUUGGGAAUCUUUCGUGAAACUGAGGUGCAGACGUAUGCCUCGACUCCUAUUUCGGAAUUGCUCGUGGCUCCUCCACUGCUUGGUGGCUAUCAAUUUAUGUUCGCUGCCGCAACCCACUCUCUCGCCAACAUGCCCGCUUAUCUGGAAUCGACCGGCUUCAAACAUGUCGAUGGCGCUCCUGGUCCCUUUCAGGCCACAAAAAAUACGCAGGACGGCAUGUUCCAAUGGCUGGCCAAAGACCCUGCCAUGAUGAGCAACUUCAAUGCGUUCAUGGCAGGUUCUCUGGAGACCCGCAGUGAUUGGUUCAAGACAUUUCCGGUAAAUGAGAUCCUCCUCGAUGGUGCAACUACCCGUGAUUCGGAGUCUACCCUCUUGGUCGAUAUCGGAGGAGGAGAAGGCCACGACAUCUACGCUUUCCACAAGAGCUUCCCGGAUGCACCUGGAAAACUAGUGCUCCAAGAUCUCCCUGAGACGAUUGACAAUAUUAAAUCUCUGGAUUCAGCCAUCAUCCGACAGAAGUAUAACUUCUUUACGGAACAGCCAGUGAAAGGGGCACGCGCUUAUUACUUGCGGUACAUCUUCCAUGACUGGCCUGACAAAGACUGUAUCUCUAUAAUGAAGAAUAUUGCAGCAGCAAUGAAGCCAGGCUACAGUAAGCUUCUGAUAUUCGAAUGGGUUCUGCCAGCAAAGGAGACGCCUCUAUAUCCUGCUCUCCUCGAUGUGAACAUGAUGGCAUUGUUGAAUGGAAUGGAACGCACAGAAGAGCAAUGGACUAAUCUACUGACACAAGCGGGGCUGAAGAUAAAGAAGGUCUGGAGUGCGGGCAUUGAUUCAGAGGGGUUGAUUGAAGCGGUAUUGGAUGUAUGA